UACUGAUUACGUCUCAUUAAUGGAGCCAGUUUAAUUCAUAAAGGUUCAUGGUUUUAUCAGUCGUUUGUCUCUGCAUAAUUUUACUUUAUUCACGAGAUCCUUGCCGCGAUCUAGCGCAAUCAAAGGCAAUCAGCUUUUAUGUGAAAAGGUUUUCCAAUGAGUAGUCGUCAAUCUGUUGGUUCAUGAACUGACAAUAAAAAUCAGCUGUACUUGGUAAAAUACGUCUUAUCUGAAAAGCAUACGACGCCCAAAUUGCAGCGGCUAAGCCGUGUAAUGAGUGGCUUAUGCGAGGAAUCGAGCCUUGGGAGCGGCUCUUUCAUAGAAACAAUCAAUAAGUUUACUUGUGAGUUGUUCACGCUCGUUUUCACGACUCUCGGUAUAACCUCAAACGUCUCCAUACCUGUCACUCACGGAGUGGAACCCCUGCAGAGUUUUACUGAUCUUUAUCAGGACUUUCUUAAUUGGCUCUCGUUCGACGAUUUUCAGCUUCAGCUUCUGAAAGUUUUCUUAUUCGUGCUGGUUAGUAACGUCGCUCUUAUUUAUAUUGCCUGGCAUAUUUACGGAGCAAGGAUAUCUGAACGGUUUAUGAAACCUGCUAAUUCUGCUGCCAUUGAAGAACUGAGAAGAAGUGUUUCCCAGCUCAAGUUACCCACUGAACAUUCACCACGACUUUAAGUGAAUUUUAUAUUUGAUUUUUGGAAACUUAGAGAUACAGGGACAAUGGCUGAGAAAAUAAAAAACUUCUUUCUCAAGAAGAAACAUGAUGUUAAGUUUAAAAAGGCUGGGAAAGGCUAUAGAUUGAAUGAGACCUCCAGUAAUACAGCGUCAAGUUCAUCCUCACAAAAUGUAAAGCCUAUUAAGAGGGCAGAACCUACGCAAGAAGCUAAAGUAGCAGGACAGGCUGCACUGGCAAGGCUGGAAUCAAAAAGACCUGAUCCUACAAAAUUUAACACAUCAUAUGCAGCUAUACAAGCUCGAGUAAAACGUGAAUUGGAAGCAGAAAGAAAAGCAUUAAGUGAAACUAACGCUAUUGAUAAAAUUAUCGAACGGAAGGACGAGAAAGUUCAGGAUGUAAUUGAAGAUAAUCCAUUCCUAGCAGUUAAGGGUGUUUACUUCCGCUGUCCUAUGAUAUCAGAUGAAAUUUUGCCAAGGGACGAGUGGAAGAAAAAAAUACGAGAAUUUCUAUAUGACCAGUUACAAGAUCAGGAGGCUGGUCUAACAGCAUGUUUAAUCAUUCACAGCUGUAACUCAGGCAAAGAGAAGAUUGAAAACUGUAUAGAAACACUAGGAAAAUAUUUGGAAAACAUCAUCACCAAUCCAGGUGAAACAAAGUAUUGGAAGAUACGAAUGUGCAACAGAGUUUUUAAGGAAAAAGUGAAGCCAUUAGAAGGUGCCUUGGAUCUUCUUCGAGCAGCUGGUUUUGAAGAGAAAAGAAUACUUCACCAAGGAGAGGAAGAGGAUUUCCUAGUUUGGAAUCCUGAAAAAUCCACAAUAGACAACGUAACGAUGCUAAUAGAUGCAUUGAACACAGCUGAACCCAUUCAACUCGAAUUGGAUAGAAAUGUGCAGGUUCUACUGCCAAGCGAAGCUACAAAGCGUAAUGAAUUACCUCCAGUAUUCUUCACUAUAACACCUGAAGAAAUUAAAAGGGAACAACAACUCAGAGCUGAAGCUGUCGCGCAAAGUCAAAUUCUUCGUACGAAAGCAAUGCGCGAGAAAGAAGAACUUCGUGAAAUGAAGAAGUAUCGCUUCGCACUUAUACGUAUAAGAUUCCCGGACAAUAUAAUACUUCAAGGCACCUUCGCAGUCUUUGAAAAAUUCGAAAAUGUCAUGGAAUUCAUAAAGGAAAAUUUAAUAAGCGAUGAGAUUCCAUUCUCAUUGAUAUUGCCGUCAGGUCAGAAAGUUAGUAAUGAAGACAUUGAGAAAACACUGAUAGACUUAAGGCUCGUACCAGCCUCUGUUUUAAAAUUCUCCUGGAAUAUUGAAGGAUUUGAGGCAGCAGAGGUGGUAGGAUACUUGAAGGAAGAGGUUCUGUCAUUGAUUCAGUCUUUAUAGAAUUGAUAUAUUUAAUACUACUUAGAUAGCAAUCAAUUCAUAAUUGGAGGAUACGAUCAAUGUCUACGAAACUUUUUGCCUUAGAAUUUAUUGAAUAAAAAAAAUUUAUUUAUCUAGGCUGUUCCUAUUUUUCUACUUGCAGGUACGAAGCUUUUGGCACAUAGUAUCUUUAAAACAAACAAUACAGUUACAAAAUGUGAUUUCAUCAUUGACACAGCGAGAUAUUUCUUUUGAAUAUUAAUUCUUGAAUUUAUUUUUUAACUAUUUCUCCUUGAAAUUUAAUUAUUCAGUACAAGCAAUUUAGCCGGAAUUAUGUAAAUUGUUCGUUCUCCUCUAUCUACAGCGAAUUAAUUUUGUAUCUCUUAUAUUUCACAUCAAAAUUUUGUUAAAUCAUUUUCAAUUAUAUAAAAAUAACUUUUUUCGUACAUAAUUCUAAUGCAUCAGUAUUUCGUAGAUAGUGCAAACGUUACUUUAAAAAAAAAUCUUUCCAACGUAGGCCGAAUAUAAAAGAAAUUUUUUUAGCCGUCUGACCGAUUAGAUUCACAAUGUUUAUGUAUUGCUAUUUUGUAAUCUGCUGAUUUUUUCGUUGUCUAUUAUAUAAAUGUUAAUAUAUACAAAUAAAUUAUA